CACUAGGCUUCUUUGAUAGAGUUUUGAAGUUACUGAAUGCUUUGAAAAGCAUGACUCAUGGCAGUCCUUGAAGAUAGAAAAGCUGGCUGAUGGCACCUCAUUGACUAAUUGGCUAGUGGUACAUAGUAGCUUUCAGCCGUUCAACUAAUUUGCCUUAUUUGGGCAUAGCUUCCAGGCUUGGUAAGGAUAUAUAGCUAGCAGUCACAAUUUGUUUUUAUAGUAGUAGCCACAUUUUGUUGAAAAUAACUUUGCAUCUGUACCGUCCGUACAAAUUUGUGGAUCUCGUCAAGGAUACUCAAGCUAUAUUGGCACUUUAUCUAUGGAAAAGCAUAUUACUUUUCAAAAGGCAAAUGAUGAUGCACACUGAGAGAAAGUGCUGCAUUCUCAUCUCACCUGUUGCAUGUCCACUGUUAAUAUGACCUAAAUUUGUGGGUCCCUCCACCCCCAACUCAAUUACAAUCAUUCUUUACUGUUGGUUUGUUCCAAGAAUAACAUAUAUAUGCAGUGUUGCAUCGCCAACCUGCCAUCUUUUCCCCUGUGCAUCAGUUCAUCAUACUUUACCUAACAAACAUUUGCUUGUGGUGAGACAUACCUAUAAUUUCUAUCCCAGUGUAUAUUCGCCACCUUUCGUCCCACCUUCUAAAGCCAUAUAUUUAGGUGAUUUAAGCAGCUUCUUUUUGUUGGAAAAGGCAGGCGGUGAGAUCAGCGUCAAGCACUAGCGGCCACCAGCAGAUGCAUGUGGACCACAGCACCAUCAUCAUCCAGUACCACGGACGGAUGGCUGGCCGUGCAAGUCAGUCCACUUCGUACGACACAAGGCGAGUUUUCAGGUCUCACGCCUGCUCCUGCAUCCAUGACGAUCCCGAUGUCGCAUUCCUCAAGGCCGACGCUCGGGUUCCCCCUCGGCACGGCGCUCCUGCUCCUCGUCAUCUUCUCCCUCAGCGGCAUCUUCUCCUGCUGCUACCACUGGGACAGGCUCCGCUCCCUCCUCUGGUCUCGGCAUCCCGGCAUGCUCCAGGACGGCCCGCACACCGUCAUCUCCGUCGGACCAACGCCGAGCAAGGCAUCUUCUGAGCACAAGAGCGAGAAAGCUGGAAAAGAGUGCGGGUUGCCCGUGAUCAUGCCCGGGGAUAACAUCGCGAAGUUCUACGCGAGGCCCUGCCCGCACGAGGCGUGUUUAUCUGCAGCAGCAGAGAAGGGCGAAGUCGAGGUGCAAGUCAGAUGUUCAGUUUCGUGAGACCGUCAGUAUCUGUAUAUGAAAUCGUAGUUAGCUGCUCGCGACUUAUGAUUGGUAGAUAGAUUGUAUAUAUGCAAGCGACUUAAUGACUUAUGAUUGAUGGAUUGAUUGUGUACAAGCAUGCAUUUUGACAGUUUUUCAGAAAAGAGGAAAAAAAAAGAACCUUUCAUGUGCAGA